UUGGCUAAGUAGGCGAAGAAUUUAACCAGUCUAUUUUUCUCAAUUGCGAAUGAUUCUUGGAAUAUCAUAAAUCAUAAUUAUGUUUCAAAGAACAAUCGGCAAUGCUGUUUCUUAAUAUGUUGACUUUAUUUAAGUCCUUCACCAUGUUACAUUUAUUGUUAUUGCUGAUGUGUACUUCAUAUGUUUCACCUGGUGCAAAUGAUCUCCAUUUCUAUGACGGCUCUUCAACGGCUGACAUCAUUGCUGGAGAUGUUUUCUUCGAGAUUGUGGACCCCCCUGAGUUGAGCUACUCCUUUCGGAUUCGGCCAGCUAAAGAUUUUGGUGCUCCUUUUAACCAGAGCUUUCACUUCGAAAAAGCCCGUUUAGUGCCAACUGUCCCCAUCCAUAGUUGCUCAGAUAUUUUGAAUACUGAUGAGCUUACCGGCCAUAUUGCGUUGUCUGAGAGAGGUGAAUGUUCAUUCGUAUUCAAGACUGUGAAGGCCCAGCAGGCUGGUGCCAGAGCGAUGAUCAUCACGGAGUCUGUGGACAAGUGGGAGGACUCAAUGGACCAUCUCAUUGAAAUGGUGGAUGACAGGAUGGAUACAGAAGUAAACAUCCCUGCAGGUUUCCUGCUCGGCCGCAGUGGCGCCACCAUCCUGCGAACGCUGCGCCGGCUCAAGAGGAACCACGCGGUCAUCAACCUGCCCGUCAAUAUGACGCACGUACCUAUUAGCAAAAUGAACCAACCCCCUUGGAUCGCGUGGUAAAGCUUACUUUGUACAUAGCAAGAAUGUACCUUUUGGUAUUUAGAAGGUUGUUCAGGCGAUAUACAAUAUUAUGAAAUUAUUAAUAUGAAGGCCUGUCUCCAUAUUGCGCGGCAAACUAUCGAACAUUGGCUCGCGAGGCAGCCGCGCGCAAUGGAUACCGGGUUGGCUCACGAGCCAACUCGAUCAGAUCGAGUAGCCCGACCUAGUGACAUUAGACAUCUAUUUGUAUAGAUAAAGUUAAAAUCAACGAAUAAUUAAACUAAUUAAUAGUAAGAGGUGUAGUCUUCAAAAUAUUGGUUUUUCGAAUUUCUGAGCUAGUGAUGGUUACGUGGUACAAACAGCAUCACUCCUAACUGUCAAUCAUUCUAUAUGGUCGACCUUAUUACAAAAGGCAUAAGGUCCACCGAUGUAGAGUUAACAGUGUGGGCGAUGGUACCUUGGGUUGUCAAUUGUUGACAUUUUAUAUACAUUUCGGCUACUACAAAACAUGGCGUCUUAUAGCGCCAUCUAGUUCAGCUUGUAAACUCUGUGCGAAGUGUGUGGUGAAUUAAUACAAACAUGCACACAGCUAAAUGCGUGUUUGAGUAAAUUAAUAUUCGAGUUAAAAAAUACAAGAAGUAUUUGACUGAGAUUUCUAUAGUAACGUAUUCUACCUACUUAUCCUACUUAUUCAUAGAAAAUACAUGAAUUAUCUUAUUAGACCGGGAGAUAGUGACACAUUUUACUGGAUCAUUUGUAC